UCUCAAAUCAGUGUCGUUGUAUAGCGAAGAGAAAGCAAAAUACAAGAGGGACGUUCUCGAGCGAAUUGAGCUGAAGGAUAAAGAACUGAACGAUUAUUUGCUAUCGUUACAAUUGGAUGAAAUCAAUCUGGAUAAGUCGGUGGAUGAACUGAAACUACCGGAAAUGCUGCUGGAACGGAGUGCUGCGUUCAACGCCCAACCAGACGCUUUUCCGGACCUACUUGACAAACUACAACGUGUUGGACGUUGUGCAAUUGAAGCAGAUCACAAAUUGGAUGAUCUUCAUAAUCGUUUGAAAGCGAUCGAAUCGCCAGAUCUAAGAAGCGAUGCUGGUUUCAAAGCAAUCGAAAAGGAAUUGGAACGUAUCAGUGAUCACCACAUGAAGGCAAGAACCAAUAACACACAGCUGCAACGAGCGAUUGCUGCGCAUUCGGAGAAUUUGCGUGUUUUGGCGAUGCCUUUAAGUGAACUCAAUAGACGCAUAUCAGGACCAGUUGUGAAACCAUCAGAAACUGCAGAAGGUGCGCAACUGAAACGGAUGUUGGAUAAGACAGAAGAAAUGCGAAAGCAACGUAAACAUUUGAUUGACACGUUAAGUCAAGAUCUGGAUCAUGACGAUAUC